AUGGAGCACAAGUGCCUUUUGAUGUGGCUCUUGUUUGGAUCUAUCAAGGGAAACAAGUCAGAAGAAUGCCCAGCUCUUCCAAGGACUGACUUUGUGGAUGUUGUUGCUGAAUCGUAUCCACUGGACACUAAACUCUAUUAUGACUGUGAUGAAGGCUAUGACAGGAGAAGAGGCCAGUACUUGGGAAUUCGAUGUCGGCACUCAGAGGGGGGUGCCUAUUGGGAAUACAAGGAAUUUGAAUGCAUUGAAAAGAAAACUUUUUUGUCAAUGGCUCCCACGAGGAAGUCAGAUGUUACACAGAAGCCAGAAAGAAAAAGACAGAGUCCUGCACCCCAGAAGCAAGGAAACAUUUCAGAGUUUGGCCAGAAAGAUUUUUGUGGUCCUCCCAAGGCUUUUCCCCAUGCCUCAUUAAGCCAGAAAAAACAUUAUUAUUAUGUGGGGCAAGUACUACAUUUCAAAUGCUGGAGUGGUUAUGAGAAGCGAUGCCCCACCUCUGGCACCUUCAUGUGUAAGAGGGUGAAUGGCAAAAUCAUCUGGACCCCCCCUGACAUACAAUGCACCAAUGACAGCAGCUGCAGCAAUGAGUGGCAGUCACAGACUACUGAGCCAGGUUCAACUCAUCCAUCCUUUACCUCAUCUGUGACACUGCCAGUGACAGCCAUCUUUUUUGUUCUGCUUAUCAAUCCUGCUGUCUUUGGAUGA